UAUAUUACAGUUCAAGUAGGGGGGAAUCGUUUCUUUGGUCAGUUUCUCCAUAUAACAUGAUUAAGAAUGAUCAAGCGUUGUUUUGCGGUAACUGAACGAGACAGACAUUUAACAUUUUAAUCAGAGAGUAUAAAUAAAUCGAAGAAGAAAAAAUUAAAUGCAGAAAAAAACAAAUAGAAUAAUGGGGGAGGAUGGGCAAACGACUGAAUGGAAAUGGUUUUAGUGAACUGGUGGUUUUUUUAUCACAAGAUACACAUGACAAAACGUCUACCAUGGAAACUCGUAUCCGUAGCAAUCGGUUACGGGGUGUAAUUGGUAUUUGUGUUGUGUUAGCCCUUACUGGUAUUGUGUAUCUCGGUUAUUUUUGUCCAGAUCAUGUUUGUGCAUUGACUAAUCGUGAUAUCAAGGAAUCAACGCGAUUAUCUGAAGGGUUUCUCCCAAGAUCAGGAUAUGGCCCAACUACAUAUUCAGGAGAUGCUUACAAAAACUCAUUAUUAUCACUUAACCCAUCAUCAAAGCUGCAAAGCAUUCAGGGAAGCUUAGGAUAUGAUGAUAUUUUUAAUAAUGAUACUUCUCAGUUUGAUAUCAACGCUCAUGAUGUGAUAGUUUUUUUACACAUUCAGAAAACAGGAGGAACUCUCUUUGGGAAACAUUUAGUUAGAGAUUUGGAUCUGCAAAGACCAUGUUCAUGUCAAAAAAAAAAAAAACGUUGUUUCUGUUAUCGUCCGAACCGUGAUGAGAACUGGUUAUUUUCUCGCUAUUCAACUGGUUGGAAAUGUGGACUCCACGCGGAUUGGACAGAACUCACGAAUUGUGUGGACUCAGAGUUGAAUAAAAUUGAAGGCGAAGGAAUAAAACGAAGAUAUUUUUACAUAACUAUUAUUCGUGAUCCAGUUGCAAGAUAUUUGUCAGAAUUUCGACAUGUUCAGAGAGGAGCCACAUGGCGUGGUGCAAGACAUUGGUGUGGUGGUAACGUAGCUAACAUUCGGCAAUGUUAUUCUGGCCCUAAUUGGCAAGGAGUUACAUUAGAAGAGUUCAUGGAAUGUCCAACAAACCUGGCAAACAAUCGACAAACACGAAUGCUUGCAGAUUUAUCACUUGUUGGGUGUUACAAUUCGUCUUUAUCCAGUACAGAACGUGAUAACCUUAUGAUAAAAAGUGCUAAACGAAAUCUAAAAUUUAUGCCAUUUAUUAUGCUCACCGAAUAUCAAAAAGUAGGACAAUAUUCAUUUGAAGAAAUUUUUGGCAUGAGGUUUGCUGUUGCAUUCGAACAACAUAAUGCUACAUUAAGUGCAGCGACAAUGGCUACGUUGAGUCCAGACAAAUUGGAGCAAGUGCGGAAACUGAAUCAUCUUGAUCUUCAGCUCUAUGAUUUUGCCAAAGAUCUUGUAUUUCAGAGGUUCAGGCGUUUAAGAGAUCGUGAUCCAUACUUUAUUCAACGCUUUCAGCAUCUUGGUGAGUUGCCAUCACGACAAAGUGCUACGGAAUUUAAUUGGGAUUCAGUAAUUGAAGAUACGACAGAUAAUGAUUAAAUUGCUUUUAUUGAUAAAUAUAAAAGCAGUGCAGAAUUCUCAAGUAACUCAGGGAUCUGCUGAUUGUACAGAUUUUCAAUUUGUCCCACUUACCAAAAGUUUAACCAUUCUAACCAAAGAAAUCCCCGAAAAUUCGCUUUUUUAUAAAUUGUUAAAUAGUUGAGCAGAGCCACAAAAUUCAUUCUAUUAUUAAUUAUUCGUCUACAUGGAUUUUAAAUAUAUUUUGUU